CCGAAAGGGUAUGGCCAGCAAUUUUCCGGUCAAAUCGUCGCUCCCAAAUCUUCCAGUUUCGCCACAGCUUUUACACGCUUCUUCGAUCGUCUCCGGCGACUGGCCGGUGAGAAUUUAGGACUAUGGGUGAUGCAAUUGAUUUGACUGGAGAUGGAGGUGUCAUGAAGACAAUCGUGAGGAGAGCCAAACCUGAAGCCAUUGUUCCUUCUGACAAUCUUCCUCUUCUUGAUGUGCAUUAUGAAGGUACUCUGGCGGAAACUGGUGAAGUUUUCGAUACCACACAUGAAGACAACACAGUGUUCACCUUUGAGCUAGGCAAAGGCACUGUGAUAAAGGCUUGGGAUGUUGCUCUCAGAACCAUGAAGGUUGGGGAGGUUGCCAAAAUUACUUGCAAAUCAGAUUAUGCCUAUGGCAGUGCGGGUUCACCGCCAGAGAUUCCACCAGAUGCAACUCUUAUAUUUGAGGUGGAGCUGGUGGCCUGCAGACCAAGGAAGGGUUCUAGUUUGGCUAGUGCCUCGGAUGAAAGGGCUAGACUCGAAGAGCUGAAGAGGCAGAGGGAGAUGGCAGCUGCACAGAAGGAAGAAGAGAAGAAGAAACGUGAAGAAGCCAAGGCAGCUGCUGCAGCUCGUAUCCAAGCCAAGAUGGAUUCCAAGAAAGGCCCAGGAAAGGGGAAGGGCAAGGGAAAGUAGCUUUCCUGCCUGCCUUCAACAAUAAUAAGAAGAAAAGCUCUCUCCCAUCAUAUGAUUGACCUUUUUUUAAACAUGUAUCAACCUUUAACCCUUAUUUGACAAAAAAAAAGCUACAUAUAUAUAUCAACUCAGUUGCUUCCUUCUUAUGUAAGGAUUUUUUUUAUUAAGAACUUGUGGUCUGUUUAAAUAAGUGAAGCUGCAAUGUGUUGAAUCCACUGAUUACUGGUUUUGGGU